AUGGAAAUUAGAAAGGAGAAGAAGCUUGAGAGGGUAUUACAAGCUAGAGUUUCCAUAGCAGGUAACAAGGUGAAUCUUGGGCCCCUGCUAGACAAGGUGAAAAAAUCAAGUGGCCACUCUAAAAUUAGUAAGUCUAUAAACUGGAAGGAUGUGGCAGCUUACCACCAUGGGCCUGAUGUCAAAUCAGCCCACCUCAAGCACCUCAAGGCUUUUGAGAGUGGCCAGGUCUUUGGUGCUACAUUUGAUGCCACCAAAGGGAAUGUUGAUCCAAAUGCAAAGGCACUAAUCCACUCUCAUGUCAAAGAGGCCCUGGCCCAUUUAAGGAAGUUGGCUUUGGAUCCAGGAAAUGCAGGCCACAGUGAAGGGGACAACGGGAAAUUCCAAGAAACAAUCAAGGGAUUCUUGGGUCGCCUCCAGAGCAACCACCUCAAGAGCAAUAGACCACGACGACCUUCCAAGUAUGCGCUUCGCUCUCACACACCCCACACACCUCGACCCAAACUUCAGCCUCAAACUCCCUUGGAGCGCAAGAGCGUUCCAGUCGGAGAGAGAUUUCAAGCUGUAGUUCCCUCUACCGUGGCUGUCAAUGCCGACAACGAUGACGAGAACUCAAAGCUCUUUCUAGGAGAAGUGGUCUGGUCCAAAACAGAGGCGAGAAGCCAUAGCGCUAGUAUGUGCUUCUGCACGGACGAUGGCUCGGAAGACUGUGUGAAACUACACGUCAACGAGCAAUGCGGGAAGCUCAAGCAGGAGCUGGGAGAGGACGUCUUCCGGGAGUGGGGGUUCCACACAAUGGGAGAGAGCUUGAUCAAGUUGGCCAAGUGGAGCAUGCGAGAGCAAGCCGAGUUUUCGGCAAUUGUGAGACGGUGCCAGGGGGACAACGAGAAGAAGCUUUGGCCGGACCUCCAAGCUUCCUUCGCAGGAAGGAGGAACCGGGAGGAACUGGGAAGCUACUACUUCAACGUCUACGUGCUGAGGAAGAGAGCUCACCAAAACAGAACCUACGCACCCGACAGUGAGAAGUUUGAUACUGAUAAGGAGGACGACGACUUACUGGUGACCUGAGAGUCUUAUGAGAGCUUCUUCUUUACUUGAGGCAUGUUUUUGGAUCCGCGCUCCUUGAAGCGAUUCUCAGAC